AUGGGGAUUGAUGAAGGAAAUACCAAUACUAAUGCUAUCGAGGUCAAUGUUCAGAAUCAGAACACUCAGAAUGAUCAACAGUCUGAGAAAGUUCAUCAUAAUCAUCCGAUGUAUAGUCACUCUUCAGAUACUCAAGGUUCGAGUUUAAUUUCAGUCUUACUUCAAGGUUCUGAGAAUCAUCCCUUAUGGAGAAAAUCUAUGAAACUAGUAUUGCAAGGCAAAAACAAAUUAGGUUUUGUUCUAGGCACCUAUAAAAAAGAGAUGCAUGAUCCUAGCUUACAUGAAACAUGGGACAGAUGUAAUGCUAUGGUUUUGGGAUGGAUUAUGAACACUGUGGCUAAGAACUUGUAUAGUAUAGUGAUUUAUGGUGUUGUUGCUCAUAAGGUUUGGGAAGAUCUAAGAGAGGUGUUUGAUAAGGUAGAUGCUUCUAGGGCUUUUUAUCCUCAUAAGGAGAUUGGUAUAUUGACACAAGGAACUGCAUCUGUGUCUAUAUAUUUUUCUAAACUUAGGGAGUUAUGGGAUGAAUUGCAAGUACCGAUUCCUCCUUCCUAUUGCCCUUGUCCUGAAUCAAAGAAAUUCAUUGAACACUUCCAGUUACAGAGGUUAUGGUAG